CGACUCCGAGUGAAAUGGACGUCCCCCGUGUAUGCUUUCUACCACCCCGACCCGAUCAUCGAAUAUGUCAAUGGCCGGCGUACGCAUCUCUUCCGAUGCAUGGCCAAGGGGUGCAAAAAGACCUGUCGCCGCUUCCUCGACAAGGGCAACAGGUCCUUGACGAACAACCUCCGCCGCCAUGUACGUAAGUGCUGGGGGCCGGAGGUCUUGAAGCGGGCCGAGGAGGCCUUGAACGUCGAAGAAGCACGCAAGCUGGUGACGGGGGUGCUGCAAGACGGAGACAUUUCAGUCGUGUUCAGGCGGAAGAAAGGGGCAGUUUUGUACUCUCACCGCACGCACACUCGCUCCGAGACUCGCAUCGAGAUCGUCCGAUGGGUGACCGAGAGUAUGCGGCCAUUCUUGAUUGUGAAGGAUCGAGGCUUUCUCUCCCUCAUGAAGACAGGACGUCCGGGCUAUUGGGUCCCGUCGCCCACCACCGUAGCACGCAACAUCAAACAAGUGUACACGCGUACGCGGGCGCGCAUCAGGCACCUCCUCAGGGAGUACGAUGGGCGCCUCAGCUUCACCACAGACGCCUGGACUUCCCCAAAUCAU